GGGCGGGAGGACGCAGGGCAGUCGCGUGGCCGCGGGUGCGCUACCCAGGUUCCCGCGGAUUUGGCCUUGCUGCUCUGGCGGUGCUCUCUAGCCCCCAGGGGCUUUGCAGCGGAAGCUGUGGCUGUGGCAACCACGCGUGUUUGCAGAUCCCCGCGACAACUGUGGGCGCUCGUCUGUGCAGGCCUGAGGCGGGAGCUGCCCUGGGGAACCAUCCCGAUGGGCACCAUCUCCCACGGAAAAUGUUAUGGAUGCUGUGCUUUUAUAGAAGGAUCUGGAGUAGUGAAAAAAAUCCCUUUUUAAAAACGGGAAGAAGAAAUUUAAACGAAUAACAUGAGGUUACAUAAAGUCCCCGUUUUUAUUAGUUCAAGCCAAAAGAGUAAAAGUAAAGCAUUGCUAUCUUUCACCAGAAAUAGCCUGUGUUUUAUUACUUGGAUCACCCAAUUUUUCUAAUACUCAUAAUGUCAGAAGGGAAAUCGCCUGACAAAAAAAGACCUCGGAGAAGCUUAUCAAUCAACAAAACUAAAAAAAAUUCAUCUAACUCUAUUGUUUCGUAUUUUAAUAAUGCACCACCUGCUAAACUUGCUUGCCCCAUUUGUAGUAAAAUGGUGCCCCGGUAUAACUUAAACCAGCACCUUGAUGAAAUGUGUGCUAACAAUGGUGAUGUCAUUCAAACGAAUCCAGUACAGGUUAACUUAAUGAAUUCAAAUGUGACCACAGUAGAUUUAACGAAUACUGCCUUAGAAGAUGUAAGACCAAGGAAGUCACCACCAAAGACAAGUCCAAUCCCUCACCAAAGUGGUUUGGCAAAAAUGAGCGCAAAACAGCAGACCAGUCCUUACUUUAAAAGUACUGAUGCCUUGGUGUGCAAAAAUCAAGAUGAGCUGAGAAAUCAUUCUGUGAAAGUCAUUUCUUUGGGAAGCCUGUCAUCUAAAUUGUCCAGGAAAUACAUAAAGGCUAAAAAGUCAGUAAGUAAGAAUGAGGAAUUUACCAAUAAUUGUCUACAGAGUUCCACAUCCACAGCUGUUAAAAGCCUGAUUGCUAACUGCUCAGAAAUUGACAAGGAUCAAAUUUUGGAGAACAGUUCUCAAAAAGAAAAUAUUUUUACAUGUGAUUCUCUAAAGGAAGAGAAUAUUUCUGAACCUAUGGUAAAAGGUGAUAAAAUAGUGGAAGCUGAAAGCCAAAAGACUGCUCAGAAAUGUGGGAAAUUCACCCUUACCCCUGGGUUCUCUGAUAAAGUUCCCACGUUAUUUUCUCCAGAUUUAUUCCUUGGGAAUAAUUUAAAGUAUACUUCAGAAGAUAGUCUUGUAAAGCAAGAGAAUGUCAAAGUUAUAGAUGAUAAAGGUGUUGAAAAACGUGAGGCAUGUAAUUGUAAAGAAGUAGAAAUGACUGUUGUUUCAGAACUUAAAACACAGUUGUCAAAUUCAGAGGCAAAUUUUCCAAGUUCUACAAUUGCUUCUGAGUGGAGUAACUUUCAAGAAGUUUUGGAAGGUGAGAGUGGCUUAAAGAGUAAAAUCACUUGCAGCACUGCUGUGGAGCAAGGGUCAAGCUGUGGUGUUCCUGAUAAGAUGCCUCAAACACUGAGUCAUCCUUACUAUCUUCGGAAUUUCCAUGUGGUACUGAAAGCUGUACUUGAGAAUGAAGAUGAUAUGAUGCUCUUUGAUGAAGAGGAGAAGGGAAUUAUAAGUAAAUUUCUUCAAUUAUCAGCUAGUGGUCAGAAGUUAUAUGUAAGGCUCUUUCAACGUAAAUUAAGCUGGAUUAAGAUGAAUAAAUUAGAAUAUGAAGAGAUUGCUUCAGACUUAAUACCUGUGAUUGAAGAAUUGAAGCACGCAGGCUUUCUCCAGACAGAAUCUGAGUUGCAAGAACUCUCUGAAGUGCUUGAACUUCUUUCUGCUCCUGAGCUGAAAACUCUGGCUAAGACCUUCCACUUGGUAAAUCCCAAUGGACAGAAACAGCAGCUAGUGGAUGACUUUCUCAAAUUGGCCAAACAGCGUUCAGUCUGCACUUGGGGCAAGAGUCAGUCUGGAAUCAGAGCAGUGAUUUUAAAAAGAGCCAAAGACUUGGCUGGACAGUCACUACGAGUCUGUAAAGGCCCUAGGGCUGUGUUUUCCCGGAUCUUGCUACUGUUUUCAUUGACAGAUGCCAUGGAAGAUGAAGAAGCUGCUUGUGGUGGUCAAGGUCAGCUUUCUACUGUGCUGUUGGUCAGUCUCGGCCGAAUGGAGUUUCCUAGUUAUACCGUCAAUCGGAAAACACAAAUUUUUCAAGACAGAGAAGAUCUUAUCAGAUAUGCAGCAGCUGCGCACAUGCUGAGUGACAUUUCUACCGAGAUGGCCAGUGGGAACUGGGAAGAAGCUAAGGAGCUCUCUCAAAGUGCAAAAAGGGAUUGGAACAAACUGAAAAAUCACCCUUCCCUAAGAUACCAUGAGGAAUUACCACUCUUUCUGCGGUGUUUUACAGUCGGGUGGAUAUAUACAAGGAUUUUGUCUCGGACUGUUGAAAUCUUGCAGAGACUUCACAUGUAUGAGGAAGCUGUUAAGGAACUUGAAAACCUUUUGUCACAGAAAAUUUAUUGCCCUGAUAGCAGAGGCAGAUGGUGGGAUCGACUGGCUCUUAACUUACACCAGCACUUGAAGCGCUUGGAACCGGCUAUCAAGUGCAUUAUUAAAGGGCUGGCAGAUCCAGAGGUAAGGACAGGACACCGUCUUUCACUUUAUCAGAGAGCCAUGCGCCUGCGAGAGUCUCCAAGCUGUAAAAAGUAUAAGCACCUCUUUCAUCAGCUGCCAGAAAUUGCUGUCGAAGAUGUUAAACAUGUGACCAUCACGGGCAGGCUGUGCCCACAGCGUGGGAUGGGCAAGUCUGUAUUUGUCAUGGAGUCUGGGGAUACUGCUAACCCCACCACAGUACUAUGCUCUGUGGAGGAGCUGGCGCUGGACUAUUACAGAUGCAACGGCUUUGACCAGGGGAUCCAUGGAGAAGGGUCUACCUUCAGCACCCUGUAUGGCCUCCUUCUGUGGGAUAUAAUCUUCAUGGAUGGGAUACCAGACGUCUUCAGAAACGCCUACCAGGCAUCCCCACUGGACUUGUGCACAGACAGCUUCUUCACCAGCAGGGGCCCAGCCCUUGAGGCCAGACUGCAGAUGAUUCACAGUGCCCCUGCAGAGAACCUGCGAGCCUGGGUGGCAGCCACAUGGCAGGCCCAGGAAGGCAGAGUGGCUUCUCUUGUCAGCUGGGACCGCUUCACUUCUCUUCGGCAGGCUCAGGAUCUUGUCUCCUGCUUGGGGGGUCCCAUCCUCAGUGGUGUGUGCAGGCGACUGGCUGCUGACUUCCGACACUGCCGAGGGGGCCUCCCUGACUUGGUGGUAUGGAACUCCCAGAAUCACCGCUUUAAGCUUGUAGAAGUUAAAGGCCCCAGUGAUCGACUUUCACAAAAGCAAAUGAUCUGGUUGGAUGAACUGCAGAAGUUGGGGGCUGAAGUAGAAGUCUGCCAUGUGGUUGCAGUUGGAGCUAAGAGCAAAGGCCUCAGCUAAAGCCAUCAAAUUGGGAAUAUUUAGUUAUACAGUAAUAUUUUUAAAAGCAUAAAGUAGUAUUACAUUGUAUUUAAUUUUGAUUUUAUCGUCAGUUAUAAACCUGAAUUACUAAUUGAUCAUUGUAUAGUGUCUGUAUCUCGGAGAACUUGGUGUCUGUUUGAAAUACAUGAAUUGAUCCCA